UCAGAAAAAAAAAAGUUUCUAAAAAAGGAAAAAAAAAAGAAAGACUAUUUCAUCAUCAUCCCAUCUCAGCUGUUAUCUCUCAACCUCCCCAAAGUCCAAUUCUUCAGAAACAGAGAGAGAGAGAGAGAAAAGGUUGAAACCCACAAUGGAUCAUCAUCUUCAACCUUGACCCCCUCUCCUUCCCCCUUCCCAAACCUUUUUGUUCAAAAAAUCACUAAUUGAAUUUGAAUGUCUCUAACUCGAAACCACCUCCUCUUGCUCUUAUUACACCUUCUCCUAGGGUUAGGUUUCUCCGUUGACCUGAGUCAAUCCCUAAAACUCCCCUUCAGCGUCAACGAUGUCCUCCCGAUGCUCCCCCGUCAAGUCUCGUGGCCCGUUUUAAACAGCUUCCACAGCGCCGUGGACUUGCUGCCGGUCUUCGUCGGGUCCGUUACUCCGAACAGCAACAACAGCAACGCGUCUCUUGAGUGGAAAGGUGCUUGCUUUAGAGGCAACGAGGCUCGUCUCGACAUCACCGGCAGCGAUCGCGGCGACCCGGGUCUCGGUGGCGGGCUUCUCCAUCUCAAGACAUCUGAGGCGCAUAGCUUGACUUGUAUGGACCUUUAUGUCUUCGCAACGCCGUAUAGGAUCACUUGGGAUUACUAUUUCUCUGCUAGAGAACACACUUUGAGCUUUGGUUCUUGGGAAGAGACAGCUGAGUUGGAAUACGUGAAGGAGCAUGGAGUUUCGGUGUUUCUUAUGCCGUCAGGGAUGCUAGGUACGUUGCUUUCUCUGAUCGAUGUGUUGCCUCUCUUCUCCAACACGGUUUGGGGUCAGAACGCGAACUUGGCCUUCUUGACGAAGCAUAUGGGUGCUACUUUCGAGAAGCGGCCUCAGCCUUGGCGGUCCGUGAUCGACCCGGAAGAUGUACAUUCUGGAGACUUCUUGGCCGUGUCCAAGAUUAGAGGAAGGUGGGGUGGGUUUGAGACUUUGGAGAAAUGGGUGACCGGUGCUUUCGCUGGUCACACCGCUGUUUGUUUGAAGGAUGAUUCUGGGAGGCUUUGGGUUGGUGAGUCUGGUCAUGAGAACGAGAAGGGUGAAGAGAUCAUCGUUGUGAUCCCUUGGGAUGAAUGGUGGGAUCUGACGUUGAAGGAUAGUUCGAACCCGCAGGUAGCUUUGCUUCCUUUGCAUCCGGAUGUUCGAGGGAAGUUUAAUAACACCGCUGCGUGGGAGUACGCACGGAGCAUGCUGGGAAAGCCUUAUGGAUAUCACAACAUGAUAUUCAGCUGGAUCGAUACUCUUGCCGAUAACUACCCGCCUCCCCUUGAUGCUCACUUGGUUAUUUCUGUCAUGUCUAUGUGGACUCGUGUACAACCUGCGUAUGCUGCUAAUAUGUGGAACGAGGCACUCAAUAAACGGCUCGGAACUGAGGAUCUUGAUUUGUAUGGGGUUCUUGAAGAAACAGCGAGGCGUGGAAUGUCGUUUGAUGAGCUGCUCACCAUCCCUGAACGGGAUGAGUGGGUUUACAGCGACGGGAAGUCAACGACAUGCGUUGCUUUCAUCCUUGCAAUGUACAAAGCCGCUGGUGUGUUUGGUCCUCUCGCUGAUCACAUCCAAGUCACUGAGUUCACCAUUCGAGAUGCGUAUACUCUGAGGAUGUUUGAAGAUAAUCAGACGAGGCUGCCGAGUUGGUGUAACACGGAGAAAGGGAAGCUUGAGUUCUGUCAGAUUCUGGGUGAAUUCAGAAUGGAGUUGCCUGGUUAUAAUACCAUUGACCCUUAUCCAAACAUGAACGAGAAUUGCCCUUCUUUGCCUCCUCAUUAUGAGAGGCCUUCUAAGUGUUAGGAAGAAAAAAAAAAUCUAAUCAACAUGUUUAUCUCUCUGUUUGUGUUUUGUCUACUUUAUGUUUAUUUUAUUUAUUGUUAAGCUUUAUCAUGUUAGAUGUAGGGGGAAACAAACCUUGAUUAAGAAGUAUUUUAUGUGAAUAUGUGAUGUUAUUUUGAUCAAAUUCAGUGUUGGUUUAACUAA